CAACUAUAGUCGCUUAGAUGUUAUGAAUGAGUGUGUCUGCAGACUGACGCAUACACGUUCCAGGAUUGUUGCUUAUAAUAUACCUACGAAGUUUACUAUUAAAUCUUCGAUUUUCCAAAAAAAAAAAAAAACAUGAAAAUUCCAUUUACAUUAUCAAUUUUUUUUUCCUUUGUUUACAUCAUCGUCACGAUAUUCGUCGAGUCAACCGAAUCGACUAUGUACACGAAACACGGCCAAUAUCUGGAAGCCGGUACUUAAUUUAUAUUAUUUUACAAAUAAAAAUUCAACAUAGUAAGUAAAUAAUUUAGUUAUCUCUAUAUUAAUAACAUUUACUUGUGUUUAGUUUUAGAACCGAUAUCGUCGACGAUUGAAUCCAUUCCUAUGUAUAAAUUAUCACGCGGUUUCGAGAUCGGUUCGACCAAAGAAAAUAUUGAUAAAACAACAUUAUUGACCGGUAAGAUUCUAUAGAAGAACAACGUUAAUUAUUUAUAAAUGAAGCGGUGCUUUUCUUAUAAUGUGGUCUACAUUACAAUUACCUAUACCUCGAUUUUUACGUAUGCGCAAUUAUUGGUUUUAAAUACCCUAACAGACUCACUAUAAGUAACUAAUCUGGUUCAAAUAUUAUACAAAUAUAAUAUAAUUACUGUGAGUAAUAUAAAAAAUAAAAACAGAAUUUGAUUAUCUUUAUUAUCUCCGGAGAUAUUCAAUGGGUAUAUCUUCGUGGGACAGUCUGUAUAUGAGUGUAUUCAAUUUUUAAAUUGUAUUUACAUUAUUAUAGGUAAUAAUACAAUAAUUCUGUUUAGGCACAUGUUGUAAUUAUUUUACUUUAUUUAUACGAGCAAAAUUAUUAUAUAUAUAUAUAUAUAUAUCAAUAUUAUAAUCAAUAUUUGUAGACCGCAUAUAAAAACAGCACGUCAUAUAAGACUAUUGCGUUAAUUAAUACCUAAUUUAUAAUUUAUAAAUAUUUAGCAAAAAAUAUCAAUAAGCUAAAAGAAGUUGACGACACGCAAAAAGAAUAAGAAAAUGCAGCUUACAUACAAUUCUUUUUUAUCUGGUACCUACAUUCGUUCAAAUCUAUACCAAGCUAAAAAUAUACCUAUACCUAGAUUAUUACGGGUUGUUAUAAUUUUUGUUGUACUCUAUUUUUUUUUUAG